GAGGAUGGGAAGCGGCGACCUCUGGUGGAGAUGAUAUGGAGUCACUCCUUUUUCAUUUCUUAGACGACUGGCUCUUUAAAUUCAGCGCUGAUAUCUUCUUCAUUCCCAGGGAAGUGAAGGUGUUGCACAUUGACCGAAUGCGCUGCAGAAUCUGCUCGAGAGGGUGGGGUGAAGAAUUCAACCUAAAUAAGCAUCCGCAGGGAACAGAAGUGAAAGCAAUCACCUACUCAGCUAUGCAAGUACAUGACACAGAAAAACCAGAGAUCUUUGUCAUCAGCGAUAUUUAAAAAACAAAAAAACAUUAGAUAUAAUUUAAUACCUCGUGUUAAUUUACAUCAUUUUAAAAGAUUGUACCUUCUAGUUGGAAUGGAUAUGU